AUGGGCUUGCUACGUGUUACAGUAGCCCUAGCCCUCGCGGCGUCCGCUCAUUCAUUCAAUCUUUUAGGUAAUCAUGAUACUACCGUCACAGAGUCCCUCACUAGAUUUGUUUUUACUUGCCCCUGCGAUUCGACCACCUCCGUCAGCAUUGGUACCGCUUAUCCUCACCCUCCCGCAGCUACGGGCACGUCUGACGGACAACAUUGGGAUGAUUGGGAUGGUUCUGCGCCGCACUCAUCGGGACACGGUUGGGAUGAUUGGAAUAGUUCAGUGCCGCACUCGCACUCAUGGGGAGCCGUGAACCCAAAGUCAAGCUCGCUGUCUCACUCCACUUCCUGGUCAAUACUUUCGACGUCUGAAACGACUUUGCUGCAUACGACUACGCUGCAUACAACUACACCUUCUGCUUCUGGGUCGUCACCAACUUCUCCUGUUGGGACCUCUAACUCCGCCAAUUUGCCCGGAGGACCAAGUAGCAGUUCUCGGUCUGAAUCAACACUAUCGACGAGCUCCAUCCCAAGGCGGUCUUCCUCUACACCCACGCCUCUUAGCUCUUCACCAGCCACGACCACCACUGCAACCGGCUCUUCGCCUAUCGUUUCAGCAAGCACAACAAGCACUCCCACACCCUCUGCUGUGUAUCACACAACAACGACGGAUGACCCGCCUUCUGACCUCCCUCCAGCGAGUACCAGCUCGACCACACCGUCUACUGGGGAUAUUCCAACAACGACACAGGACCCGUCUUCUUCUCUCAUUCCCACAACCACAAGCACCACCACAUCCUCUGCCGUAUAUAUCACAACAACGACAGAUGACCCGCCUUCUGACCAGGGCAGCAUUCCCAGUACAACGCCUGCUGAUGAAGCAUCGACAAGCACAACGACACCUGCAAAUGGAAUACCGACCACUACUCCCAAUUCAAGUCCCUCCGUCGACACAAGCUCAGGUACUCCAUCCGAUUCUACUACUUCAACAAUCAUUACGACUUCGACCCCUGCAGGAGGUGACAGUCUACCCAGCCCAACAAGCCUGACUACCGUCUCCGUCACUGUGACCACCCCGGGCGUCUCCUCUACUACUUCGACUGCAGACACUUCGGCCCCUACGUUUGGUCAGCCCUUUUCCCUUCGUGUAGGCACUGGUGGAUCAGGAAAACACAAGCGAGACAUCCUGGUGGUUGGUUAUGUCGACGGAGAGCUUGUGCUUGUCGAAUCUGAUGCUGAUGCUGUGGCUUUCGUGCUCACAUCUGAUGGCGUGCUAAUGAUCUUCGGCACUACCUUGGUGGUGGGCUUCAGCGGUGAUUCAGGAACUUCGGCUCUGACGAUCUAUUCAUCAGCCUCGGCAAUACCAACAACAAUUGUAUGGUCAUUCUCUGGGGGCGCUCUUGUCUUGUCAGGAGCUGGUUUCUGCGUUGGUGCCGACAAUGUCUUAUCCGUGACUGUCGGUACUGCGACGGACAGUAGCUGUACCCCUGCUACUGCUGUGCCGGAUACAGAUCCGGACUCCUACAAUACUGAUGUCGCCAGCACGAUAACACCGUCGCCGCAAACCACGACUACGACCACACCGGGGUCCAGCUCGACAACAGUUGACGCUAGUACCACCACCGACUCGGCCGCUUCGAGUCCUACUGGCCCUGCUGACAAUCCUACCUCGAGUCCCACCAGCCCGAGCUCCAGCCCUACCUCUGAUGGUGGUAGCCCUACCACGAGCCCUACCUCCGAUUCUGGCAGCCCUACCACGAGUCCUACCUCUGAUCCUAGUAGUCCUACCACUAGCCCUACCUCUGAUGGUGGUAACCCAACUACAAGCCCUACUUCCGACGCUGGUGGCAGCCCAACCACGAGCCCUACCUCUGAUGAUGGUAGCCCAACUACAAGCCCUACUUCCGAUGCUGGUGGCAGCCCAACCACGAGCCCUACCUCUGAUCUUGGUAAUCCUACCACUAGCCCUACCUCUGAUGCUGGUAGCCCGACUACAAGCCCGACUUCCGACUCUGGCAGCCCUACCUCUGAUGGUGGUAGCCCAACUACGAGCCCAACUACGAGCCCAACGUCCGACUCUGGCAGCCCUAGUACCAGCCCUACCACCAGCCCUACGUCCGAUCCUGGCAGCCCUACCUCUAGUACUACCUCAGCAAUCUACGUCUCGACAAGCAGUACCCCCUCUAGCUCUGCUGAGAGUCCUACGAGCCCCACCUCCGACCCUGCCAGUCCUCCCUCGAGCUCUACUACCUCAGCGAUCUACGUCUCGACCACUAGUCCCAUCUCUAGUACAACCUCGGAUAUUAUAGCGACGACCACUACUACAACGACCACGCCGAUAUCCGAGGAGACGAGUGGACCGAAUUGUUCCAUUCUACCAUUGGCAGAUCAAACAGCACCGGAUGGCACUCAGUACACCCAAUUCUUCUACAGCUGUUUUGCCGCCAUUCCUACGACUCUGGGAACUAGUUAUUCUUCAGCUACUUCGGGCGAUGGAGAAUAUAGCAACGAUCCCACUGCAUUCCUGAGUCAAUGUGUGGCGACUGCCGAGCAGCUGGGCGCUAGUGUUUGGACUUACUAUCAGUCGACGUCGGACUUCGAAUGGCAUUGUGGCUUUUGGAACGGACUGGUGGCAGAUGAUGGUAUUUUUGUGGAAGAUCCGACAGUCUUUACCAUGAAUGCCAUGACGGUUCUCCAUAACGACAUCCUCGAUCUUCUCCAGUCAGACGCCUACAAGCUCGACUUUAACCACCACUCUCGCCACGUCUUCGUCUCCCACGACGUCUACAACAUCGGACUCGUCUCCGACUUCGGAUCUCGCUACGUCUUCGACCUCGGAUCCUUCUACGUCUUCGAGUCUGUCUGCGACUUCGAGUCCAUCUUCUACGACCUCGGACUCGUCUUCGUCAACCUCGGAUCCUUCUACGUCUUCAAGCCU